GGCUACUUUUUUUUAUCUGAAAUUUUUCUCGCAUUUUUAAAUAUUUGAAUUUUUACGUGUACGCGAGCUGAAAACGAACGAGAUCAUUUGUGUGUUUUACUUUAUUAAUUUUUUGAUGAGGAUGAGGUUCUAAACGUGUGUCGAAGCACGUGAGAAUUUUAUUUUCAAAAAAUGGAUUUACCGAGAGGUGCCCGAGUCACGCACAGUGGCUUGCUCCAGCACAACAGUGAUGGCACCACGGAGCUGCAAAAAAUAACGCAAGCGGGCUUGGUAGCCCGCAGCCCCGAAGGAACGGCCGCCAAGGGGAUGGCAAUUCGGGGCAAUGAAGACCUUUGGGUGGAAAUUCAAGCAAACACCUUCAGAAAUUGGGUCAACGAAUGCAUUCGAGAGUCAGGACAACAGGUCACUGACAUGGCAACCGACUUCUGCGAUGGCACACUUUUGUGUCUCCUGGUAGAAUCCCUUCAAAAACGUCCUUUGAAGCCAACGUGGAACAAACGUCCCGCCAAUCAACAUCAUUAUCUCGAGAAUGCCAGUUGUGCCUUGAACGCCGUCGAAGCUGACGGCAUCAAACUCGUGAACAUUGGCAACGUUGACAUCGUCAAUGGCAACGUAAAGCUCAUUUUGGGUCUCAUUUGGUCCCUCAUUGUUCGUUACCAAAUCGGUCGCAGCAAGUUCCCGCCACGUAAACUCAUGUUGGCCUGGCUUCAAGCUGCCUUGCCCGAGUGUCGUGUUACCAAUUUGACCACCGAUUGGAACAGUGGCGUCUUGUUGUCUGCCUUGUUGGACUACUGCGAACCGGGAUUGUUCCCGCAUUGGCGUCACUUGGAUCCGUCGCAGGCAAUCAAGAAUUGCGAGAACGCAAUGAACAUCGCGCAACGGGAAUUUGGUGUCCCGAAGGUUUUGGAACCGGAAUAUUUGGCAUCGCCAUGGUUGGAUGAGUUGUCUGGCAUGACGUACUUGUCUUACUUCAUGAAGCCCGAUGGUCCGGGGUACAAUGCGUCGAUGCGAUGGGUUAACAGCCAAACGAAACGUCAAGUCCAGAAUUUUACAACUGACUGGAAUGACGGCAAAGUCUUCUGCGAGAUCAUCAAAAACUUGGGAGGCUCCUGUCCAGCACCCGAAAAGCUCAGCAACGAUCCCGACCAAUACGAAAACAACAUCCGCAAAGCUGUCGAAGCUGGAAACCGUCUUGGCGUUCGUCCCGUUUUAGCUCCCAAGGACAUGGCGAAUCCCGAUGUCGAACAUUUGGGCAUAAUGUCUUACGCGACUUCGUUGCAAUUCGUUUCUCCGCGCCCGCCACUUGCUGACAUGCUUCGUGUGUCUCUUGUAAGCACCUCGGGUCGUAUCGGAGAACCCACGUAUUUCCGCGUGGAAAGUCUCACACGUGACAUUGAAAUUUCCGACAUCAAAGCUUUUAUUGAUCCGCCGCAUUCGGAUGUCUUGCAUCAAGUGAAAGUCGAUCAUAACGGCGAAGGCAUGUACAUUCCGGAAAAGUACGGCAUGCACGAAAUCAUCCUUCAGGUGAAAGAUGACCAACUUGGGGGACACUUUUUCCGCGUGUUGCCCGUAUUUUUGCAUGUGCCACCACCUGGGAUGUCGCCCUGCGCUCUCGGAAGUCUCGUCGAGGUGCUCGUGAAUGCCACGGGAGCUCCCAAGACGGAAGAUAUUUUGGUUACCGCUUACAGCCCGUCGGGCCGUUCGCACAAAUGCCCCCUGAAGAAACUCGAGGAGGGUCACAGUGCCAUAUUUAAGCCCGACGAAGCGGGCAUCUGGGAAAUUGCCAUCACUUAUCAGGGUCGCCAUAUCCAGGGAGGUCCGUUCACGUGUGCCGUCUUCGAUCCCAGCGGAGUUUCGGUGCACGGACUAGAUGGUGCCAUGCCUUUCAAAGCGCACGCCUUCGAGAUCGAUGCACGUGGCACUGGCGUCACGGGAGAACUUCAUGUCGACAUUGUGCACGAGAAACGUUCUCUGGUAUGCGCCGUGGAGCAACUUAGCACCGAAAACAAGUACCAAUGUACUUUUAUGCCACGUGCCAAUGGACGUCAUCGGGUCUACAUCUACUUCAACGGCUACGAUGUCAAAGGCUCUCCCUUCAUAAUGCGCGUCGGCACCAAAGGUCGUUCCGGCAAAACUCGCAGCAGUCCCGGACACAACGACAAAUUGCGUUCCGAAAGCCCCCUUUACAGCUCCAACAACUACAACUCGAUGGUAAAUCGUUCAACGGAAAUCUACUCGACACGACGUGACUUGUAUUCGCCGCAAAAUACACCGAAAUCCGGCUCGUACUCCCCAUCACGUCAAUCCCCGGCGAAAUUUGAACGUCUUUCGUCACCAAGACGUGAUUUAUAUUCGCCGCCGCGACACGAUCAAACCGACCAUUACACGACGUCGUACAAGUCGGAAACGAAAAAAACGGUUCGCUCGUCGCCCGUUCACGAUUACGUCAAGAAAAGCAUGAGUCCGACAUCGAGACUUGAUGAUUUGUAUUCUGCGAGACUUUUGUCGCCAAGUCCUGUUAGAAAUAUUUCUAACAGCACUUUACGAAACAGUCCGAUUACGUUUAGCAAUACGAAGCAUAGUUACGAGAGCAGCACGCGAAACACAACUUCUAGUCCAUCUUUGAUCAAGCCAUCACCAGUGAACUACACAACGGAAACUGUGACAUCGCAACGUUCUGGAAGUCCGUCGUUGAAGUCUGGUCUGGUUGACUUUUCAAUCACAUCAAAGACGACAACGACGUACAAGUCCGGCGGAGGAACUGAAAACUCCCUCAAACCGACAUCGAAUCACUUACGCAGCAGUCCAGCAAUCCGAUCAACGAGUCCCCUGAUCCGCAGUCCCAGUCCCGUCGAUGGAGUCGAUUACGCUUCCAACAUCAAGGUUCACACCACUUCCAGUGCACGUCGCGACAGUUGGGACGUCCUCAACAAGACGAAAGGCGUUUUGUCGCCCACUUCGCUGGAAUCGCUCAACAACUUGACGGAAAAGCAGCUGUCGACCACGUCUUCGAUGACUCGCGGAUUUGCCGACAAAGAAACCGAACGUAACACACAAUUUAAUAAAUUUUCCCUAGCAAACAUCAAUUCAGGUGCAGCAACGAGCAAGUACUCCACAUCGGGUGGCGUCACAUCGACGACAGUGCGCGAGGAGAGCAGGUACGUGACGAAGCAGGAGGCGAACAACAACUUUAGUCUUGGAUCAUCACGCAUGUCGACGUUCAAGCCGAUUUCCGGUGGCAGCGAAUUGACCGGAGCGAAGGCCAUUAAGGUGCAGGAUAUUCCGGACGGCGUCUUGGGGAGGCCUGUCGAGUUUGAAAUUGAUGGAUCCCGCGCUGGUUCAGGUAAUUUAGAAAUUUUAGUAAACGGUGGUCGUGUCACAUCAUCUGUACGCGCCUUGGGCGGUCAAAAGUUCAUCGCUAGCUUCACGCCGCACGAAUCCGGGACGCAUGUCGUCCAAAUCACCUUCAAUGGCGAAACAGUUCCAGGUUCACCUUGGACAAUCGAUAUUAUGUCAUCGCCGGGGUUUACAACGCUAGGUGAAUCCACACGUCUCGUUUCCGCCAAUACCGCGGCGGUUUUUGAGGUGCUGCCGCCUCCUGGAUCCACCCUCAACCGAGGGGAGUGUGUUGCAACGGUACUUUCUCCCAGCAAGAGCAAAGUAAAUGCUAGAGUCACACAUGAGGCGGCCAACGGUGCCAUGCGCAUCGAAUUCGUGCCCACCGAAGUGGGUACGCACAUCAUAGAAGCAUCCAUUGGCGGAACGAAGCUCGUUGGCGGACCCUUGAUCGCCAAAGUUUACGACGCCAGUUUAAUCCAAGUCACCGACGUGAAUGGCGGAGUCGUGGGACAGCCAUGCCAGUUUCGCGUUGACGCCAGUGCAGCGGGCGAAGGUCAAUUAGAGAUCUCCAUCAACGAAGGCGAAGUUCCGAAUCACGUGCAAGUCGUUGGUGGAGGACGUUGUCUGGUGUCCUUUACGCCCGAACAAGCAAAACCCCACUUGAUCGACAUCAAAUUCAAUAACGAAACAGUACGCGGAUGCCCCUUUAUUUGUUCCGUCGCGGACACAAGUCGCGUGUUAUUGAAUCUAUCGCACUUGGAAUUGAUUCCCGUGAAUAAACCUUCGUCCUUUGUGAUUAACGUGAGUGGCGGAGGCGCCGCAGAACUCGCUGUCAGUGUCAGAGGACCACAUGGCGAACUUCCAGUGCGUGUCACGGGUGACAUUCACUUGGGAUUCACUGCUGAAUUCACUCCAACCACUGUCGGAGGUCACUCCAUCAAUGUCGAAUAUAACGGAUAUCCCGUGCAAGGUACCCCCUUCCUGGCAAAAUCGUAUGACGCAUCAAAAGUAACCGUUGGUGCCGUCACCAAAGGAACCGUUGGGCGUCCCGUGCAAUUUACCGUAGAUGCCGGCGACGCUGGCGAAGGCAAUCUCGAAAUCACAAUUUCCGCCAAAGGCCAUAAUAUACCCACGCAAGUGCAUCCGCAAGGCAACGCGAAAUUCGCCGUGUCUUUCGUGCCGGCCGAAUCGUGCGAACACAUCAUCAAUGUGUCGUUCAACAAAAUGCCAGUGCCUGGUUGCCCCAUUAAUGUGGCAAUCAGCGGAGGUUCGACAGGACCUCAGGUGUCACUGGCAGGGCCCGGGCCUGUUCACCAACCAAAUUCCUUCAUCAUAAAUCACACCGGCGGACGUCUCGAAGACGUUGAAGUUAAUGUGGAAGGACCCACGGGCCAUGCCGUACCAGCGCAAGUGCAUCAAACAGCUGAUGGUGUCUUCAAGGCCGAAUUUGUGCCAAGAACUGUGGGAGAGCAUCGUGUCAGUGUGACAGUGCAAGGUCAACCAACUGCUGGAAGUCCCUAUUCUGCUAAAGUUUAUGACGUGGGAGCGAUAAAAGUAAAAAAUGUCGAGACCGGAACAGUGGGAAAACCCGUGACAUUCUUGGUCGAAACGAGUCAAGCUGGUCCCGGAAAUCUCGAAGUAACCGUCAAUGGUGGACGUGUUCCGACUUCGGCACAAGCGCAAGGCCAACACACCUAUGCCAUCAGUUUUACGCCACGCGACGCCCAAAAACACACCGUCGAACUUCGUUUCAAUGGGCAAGACGUUCCUGGUUCGCCAUUUACUUGCAGAAUCGCCGCCGCUGCUCGCAUCCUAAACUCUGAUUUAGUCGACAAAGUGAGCGUUGGAAAAAGUUUCGAAUUUGUCGUCGAAUCCGACAUUCGUCCCGUUGUCGAAGUCCUUGGACCAGCACGUCGUUCAGUUCCCACGACAAUUUUACCGUUAACAAGCGGAUUUAAAAUUUCCUUCGAACCAAUCGAAGUCGGAGAUCACUCAAUCGAAGUUCGUCUUCCGCAAAGUGGGCACGUCGAAGGCAGUCCCUUCCUGCUAAAAGCUUAUUCCGCGGAAAAAGUAAUCGUCACGGACAUUCGUUCGGGAGUCGUUGGCAAAAGUGUUAGUUUCGGCAUCAAUGCCAGUCAAGCAGGUGCGGGAAAUUUGGAGAUAAUUGUCGCCGUUGCCGGUAAAAAUGUCCCAAAUUUCGUGCAAUCCGAAGGCAAUGCUCGUUUCAAAGUGAAUUUCAAGCCAACGGAAGCCGCGCCACAUUCGCUUUCAGUGCGUUUCAAUGGUCAUCCCGUUCCCGGUAGUCCCUUCACUUGCAUGGUAUCUCCCGCUCCGACGCAAUCCUUGACACGAGCUGCUGUGGUGUCCGGCGAAUCACUUCGCCAAGCGCCAAUCAAUCAAGAUAGCACAAUAGAACUCGAAAAUUUCGAAGGUGUCGAGCCGCAAGUCGUCAUUAACACCCCAAGUGGCGACACAAUUCCGUGUCAUUUGAAUAUGCGACACGAUAUUUGCGUCGCCACGUUCCGCCCCGUCACUGUGGGACGCCAUUUGAUCAGUAUCACCGUCAAUGAGCAACAUAUCACUGGAUCGCCGUUCGCGUGUAACGUUUACGACGUGAAUCGUGUCACAAUUAGCGGCUUGGAACAACCAAGUGGUCCGACUUCUGUGGGAGUGCCCUUGACUUUUAGCGUGGAUGCAGCAGGUGCGGGCGAAGGAACGCUCGAAUUGGUCGUUCAAACUGCGACAAACACCGUCAAAGCGGAAGUCGUGGCAUGUGCGAGGGGAUUAUAUGACGUCACCUUUGUGCCUCAAACGUGCGAACCGCAUUUCGUGAAUAUCACGUUCAACGAUCAAAAUGUCAGUGGAAGCCCCUUCCGCAUCGAGGUUCAGCAAAAUAUUCAACAUGUUCAAGUUGGAGGCAUUGGCGCUAUUGAGUACUUCAAUAACGACCAAAUUCUCGAAAUUGUCGGUCCCGAUCAAGCAACCGUCCCGUACACAACAAAUCGACGCUUUGCUGAAUUUCGUGCCACGGAAAUUGGAACGUACACGAUUCGUUGUCUGGAUCGCGAGACAAAAGGCUUGAUCAUGACACGCACCGUAAACGUCUACGAUCCAACUCUCGUGAAAAUUGUCGAGGUUGGAGAAGCUUUUUGUCAUCGCCCAGCAAAUUUGGCAGUUUCGACACAAGAUGCCGGACAAGGUUCGCUCACAGCGUUUGUGCGAUGUGGCGGUUUAGAAGUCCCUCAUUCGAUUCGCGGCAGUUCUGGCGACGGCAUUUACGAGAUUUUGUAUCAUCCGACUCGUGUGGCGCCGCAUAAGAUCACGAUUUUGUACAACGGAGUGCCGAUUUCGAACAAGGCGAUUGAAAUUAACGUGCAACCGAUCGCAGCUGGCAAAGAAAUUAAUGUCAGUGGAUUGGGAUUGUACCAAGCAAGGACUAGUAAGACGACUUAUUUCUCAAUUGAUACGUCGGGAAGACCAGCAAGGGAGUUUGAUGUUGUUAUCAGUGGUCCGGAAGGAGAAGCGUUGCCAGUUCGUUGUUAUCAAACGAAAGGCGGGCACUUGCAGGCCGAGUUUUCUAUUCAAAAGAUCGGUCAAUGUUUGAUUGAGGUUCUUCACCAAUCAAAACCAUUGCCUGGCAGUCCUUACACUUGCAACACUUACGAUCCAUCAAAGGUUGUAGCGCAAGGCAUUCCAAAAGGUCCCUUGGCAGUACAUUCUCCCGUUUCAUUCACAAUCAACACCCAAGAUGCCGGCAUCGCUGAACUCGAAAUCUUUGUCGUUUCGGGACACGGUCAACAUCUCCCCGUAAAUGUCGUUCCCAAAUCCGAGACUUUAUCACUGGUUGAAUUCACUCCUACUGCUCCCGGGCACUACAAGAUGUCAAUAAAUUAUGGAGGCGAGCCAAUUGCUUCUUCUCCCGUUACUUUCGCCGUUUCCGCAUCUGGCGUCAAAUCCGAUGCUCGUGCCAGUGGUAACGGACUUGAAGUUGCUCAUCGCGGCAAAGAAACUUCUUUCAUCGUUUAUUGCCCCACAAGUCCCAAUGUGCAAAUCGAACGUUGUGACGAGCAAAGCGAACGCAUCGAACCCAAAAUCAAACCUUUGGGUCACAACGAAUGGCGUAUUUACUACACAAUUUUAUCCGUUGGCAAAUACGAAAUUCGCGCAAGUUGCCCGAAUCGAGGACCCUUACCUGGUUCUCCGUGGAAUAUUUGUUGCGUGGAUUCGAGUAAAGUUGUUCCCGUUGGUGGUUGGGGUCAAUUACUGGACGAUGAAGGUCGUUUGAAUAUCCCAGCUCGAAUUAUUUUCGACACAAGUCAAGCUGGACCCGGCGAUUUGGUGUGUUUGAUCGACGAACGUGAAGUUGCGAUCGAUAAACCGUCGGAAUCGCGUCAACGAGUCUUUAUUUCCGGCGAAGGUUUGGCUCCCGGCGAACAUAAUCUCGAAUUAACGUUCAGCGGUGUGCCUCUGUCGCAAAGUCCUUGCACGGCAUUCAUCACUCCGCAUCAAGCGGCGGACAAAGUCGUUCUCACAGGUCGCGGUUUAGCAAAUGCGCAAAUCGGAGAGCCAGCACACUUCACAAUUGAUGCAUCACAAGCACCUCCGGGUCGUCCCGAAGUCAUUUUGAGUUAUCAGGAUGGCGAAACGGUGCCGUGUGCAUUGACGCAACCGAGAAUUAACGAAUCAAUUUGGUUGGCAUCUUAUACUCCGUUGAAAUUAUCUCAAGGUCCUUUGAGCCUUUCCGUUAAAUGGGGCGGGCGCCUGGUUAAAGGAUGUCCCUUGACGGUUUCAAUUGGCUCUGCGGUGGAUGCUAGCAAAGUUAUGUGUUCCGGAGAUGGUUUGCGACAUGGUGUCGUUGGUCGUGAAAUUAAAUCUUGGAUCGAUACAAGACGCGCAGGACCUGGCGAGUUAACGGCUCAUUGUUCGGGACCACGAAAAGUGGCGUAUUGUGAAUUGUAUGAUCAUGGCGAUGCCACAUUUACACUCAAUAUAAAACCACAAGAGCCAGGAAGACAUGCCUUGACGAUCAAAUAUGGCGGACAACACGUUCCUGGAUCACCGUUCAACUUGAGAAUUGCGGGAGCACCAGAUGCUAGCAAAGUACGCGUUUAUGGACCCGGAAUUGAACAUGGCGUGUUGGCUACGUUCCAGUCGCGAUUCAUUUGCGAUACAAGAGGAGCGGGCGCAGGACAGUUAACAGUGCGUGUAAGAGGCCCCAAAGGCGCUUUCCGUGUCGAGAUGCAGCGAGAAAGUCAGAAAGAUAGAACUAUUUUAUGCAAGUACGAUCCAACUGAGCCAGGCGACUACCGAGUCGAGGUAAAAUGGGCAGGAGAACUUGUGCCUGGCUCUCCCUUCCCAGUUAUGAUUUUCGAUACACAAGAUGAGUUGCGGAGAUUUUUGCAUGGAAAUUUACCAUAAACAUCACACUUAAUUUUAAAUAAUUAAAUAUUUCUUCCAUUAUUGUUUAGAAAUGCAAAAAAAAAUGUUAAUAUUAUAAGUUAAUUAAUGAUUGUAAUUAAUUAAAAAUUAUAGUAGGAAUAUAAAAAAGAGAGCAACGAAUAAAUUUUAAUCAUCACUAACAUUUAUUUUUCCAGAUCAAGAAACAAGAGUUGUACUUAUUGCUAAUAAAUUUUAUUUGUAUUUAACUUAAAACUAACGAUUGUAAUUUAGGAGUUGUAAGGAAAAUUAAAUAUUUACAGAGAAAUUUAUAAAAAAAAAUCUUGAAAUAAAUAACUUUUUAA